AUGGCCAAGGCAGAGCUCAAGCGGCUCAAGCACUGCGAGAUCGUGCGCCAGUCGCGCGUGCGCAAGAAGAACGAGCGCAAGGGCCUGCGCCAGGUGAACGACGAGCUCGAGGGGGAGCUGGACCAGCUGCUCGACGUCUACCGCCGCGAGCACGACUGGAUGCACUUCGACGAGCGCCGCCUGCGCGACGUCCUGUUCAAGAAGUUCGUACACUCCAUCUACGAGGUGCGCGGCCUGCGCCGGGAGAACGCGGAGCUCAGGGACCAGUUCCUCGUCUUCGACGCGCUGGGCGAGCAGCUGCAGCGCCUGCAGGGCGACUUCCAGAUCCCGCGGCAGCUGCUCGGCGCGCGCACGUCCAUCGGCACCAUCCACUUCCAGGAGCUGAGCGAGGCCGAGGCCCGGGACAUCAUGAUCGACUCGCACAGGCACGCCACGUCCUUCUUCGACACCAUGCGGCGCGUCGAGGCGGACGAGCAGGAGAAGACCAUGGGCUGGACGCAGCACCAGCGCAUCACGCCCGACGGCCGCGUGCAGUUCAACUUCACCAAGCGGAUCGAGACCAUCGGCGCCGAGGAGCUCGUGGACAAGAGCUGGGAGAUGUACUGCGACUUCGGUCUGUACCACGGCAUCUAUUCGUCCGUGCAGAAGCUCGAGAUCCUGCAGAAGAUCAACGACAACACGCUCCUGAUCCGCCGAGACCUGCAGGAGGGGAGCUCGGCGCCGAUCUUCCGCACCAUUUUCCUGCUGUUCCGGAUACGGCUGGCCAACGGCUACCUCAUCUGCUUCCGGUCGCACAACCCGGCCGUGUGCGUCGAGGACGACGACGACCCGAACGUGCAGUGGAUGGAGAUGUUCUACUGGCUCAUGAUCACGGACCCUCCUGCCGAGAGGACGGUUCAGGGCAUUAUUGGCCCCCCGAGGCCCCCCAUCCGAGGCUGCGACGUCACAUUCGGCGGCAAUUUACUCAACGGUCGGAGUACCAAGCACGCUACAAUCUGGAAAUACCAGAUCGCCAUGGCGCUGCUGCGAUGGGAGAGUAACGCUGCUGCGCCACUGUUCGCGCUUUAUGGAUGA